GAGGAGAAUACUAUUGUUUUUAUGGUAUAUUUUAAUGGACGAUAAUCAGAAAGUGGAGUAGCAAGCGCAGAAGAGAAUAGUUGUUGGGGAAGAGGGAGGGUUUACUAUGGUAUAGUACUACAGGUCUCUAGCUCUGACAUAAACAUCCAUUUCAUGACCGCCAUGACAAGCUCGAUGCCCGCGUCUCCGCCGCCUCUGGGUCGAGUCUAGUGGUCCAUCCUCACACACUGCUAUAUCACCUCUCUGUCUCUCUAGCUAAUUCAUUUUUCUCUUGGGGUUAGAUUUUCAUGAUCCUUCAAAUAUAAACUUCAGAAACCCACUUUCUAAUUUUGUGAUUUUGGAGGAAGAAACAAAAGAAGAAAUCGAUAUAAACCCAACAUCAAAAAUGGUUCCUCUGCAACUAGUACUACUGAACAUCUGUUUCUGAAGAUAUAUAUUUUGGAUUGUUUCUUUUUCUUCCUUUCCUUCGCAGAAUCAUAUACAGUACUUACUUAUAGAAACAAAGAAGAAAAGGUUCAUCUCAACACCGUGGAUUAUCAUUUCUGAGUAAGAUUCUCUUAUUCUCUCCUUCAAUACACAGAAACAGACACGUUGAUUUCUAAUCCUCACUCUCUUUGAAACGGCACCCAAAAUCCCGUAUCCGCGUAAACUACAUGCACGAUACAAACUCAGAAAAAUUACAAGUAGAGAAAGUAAGUGCUGAAGUCUUGAGAGCGUGGAGAGAGAUAAGUAUUCAUCAUGGAAGACAUGAAAGGUCUGCAGCAGCAGCAGCAGCAGCAGCAAGAUAUAAGAUCAGGUGGAGUGAUGAAGCAACAGUCUCAACAACAAAUACUUCUACAAGAAAACCCACAACCACAACAACCACAAAAAUGUCCUCGUUGUGAAUCACUUAAUACAAAGUUUUGCUAUUACAACAAUUACAGUUUAUCUCAACCUAGAUAUUUUUGUAAAGGAUGUAGAAGGUAUUGGACUCAAGGUGGAACCCUAAGAAAUGUUCCAGUUGGUGGUGGUUGUAGAAAAGGAAAAAGAUCAACACAAAACAAAAAACCAACAACUUCGUCUUCUUCUGCUACGUCUACUCAAGAUCAUCAUCAGCAACAGAAUGUAUCACAAAGUUCAACAUCCAAGACUUUAUUAAUGCCUUCUUCUGCUGCAAACCCGAGUCCUAUUUAUUAUUACCCAGGUGUGGGCGGGGGUAGUAUGGGAGCAUCAGGGAUGUUUUUAUCAUCAUUGGCACCUUACCAAUCUUUUAACCAGCAGAUACUACCCAUCAGUGCAAAUAAUGAUCACAACAAUAUUGGGGUUUCUAAUUCGGCUUUGUUACAAGGUUUUAGUCUUCCUUCUUUCCAGCAUCAACAAAAGCAACAGCAACUUCAGCCUCAUUCGCAAUACCUCAACAUGGGUGGAAUUACUAAAGAAGAAAAACCAAUUUUACCUUUGGAAGCAGGAAAUCUAAUUAGACCUCCUUCUACUCAGCAUCAUCAUCAAGAAUGGUUUCUUCCCAACUUCAACAACAGUAAUCCAAUCGGUACCUCAGAAGGAGUUAAUUAUUGGGACAGCCAAACCACCACCACCACCACUACCACCAACACAAACAAUGACAAUUGUUAAAAACAUUUGAUAAUUGUGAUGGGUAAAUCUAGAAUUAUCUAGAUAGCUAACUAUAACUCCCAUGGGCUUAUCUCAAUGCAUAGGCCCAGUCUAGAGAUAUCUAGACUCUUCUAAGAUAAAAAGAGUGCAAGCCCAUUCUAGAGUCUUCUAAGACAUUUUCCAUCAUGUGUAUCUAGAGAAUUCUUUCUCUAGAAUGAUCUAGGUCAAUUAGCUCUAGAGAUUUCCAAGUCUAGAGUAUUCUUAGUAGUUGGUCAUGAAGUAGUAUAAAUAGAAGCAAAUGUUGGCCUUUGUGGUAAUCCACAACUCAAGUGAGUGAGUAAGUAGUAAGAGUGAGAGCUAGAGUUUAGAGUAAGAGCCAAAGUGCCUCUUUGUAAACAACUAGUGUAAGCCAAAGUUGCUACACAAGCCUCUUGUAAUAUUUUCAUUUUCAUAUUAAUAUAAGCCUCACCUUUCAAUUAACCAACCUCUCUUCCUAAAUUCAUUUCCAUAAACCCAUCACAUUUCCGCAUUGCGCCAACAACAAUACCGCUACAGUAAGUACUACUGAUGGUACUACCACUCCUGUGAACCCACCACCAUCAACAGCAAUUCAGCAUCACUGGUCUGAUUUAGGAGGCAGUUUUGGUACUCCUACUACUACUGAUCAACCUU